GAACGCUCGUCUCUGUGUCGUCGCUCGCUCUCGCUCUCGGAGAGCUCCUUCUCUUCGUACCCUCCGCUGCCUUCCCCUACCCCCUUUUCCCGUCCUCCGCCGGCGAUCCUCCUGCCGGAUCGGCUUCUCCAGCGCCAGUCGGCGCAUCCAUCCAUGACUAUGGUGACCCCUCCCCCUCUCGAGCAGGAGGACGAGGAGAUGCUGGUUCCCCAUCCGGCGCUCACUGAAGGACCCCAGCCCAUGGAAGCACUGCAAACGGAAACUGCCACGCCGGCGGAGAAUCAGCCAGUGGAGGAUCCUGCUGCAUAUAGAUUCACUUGGAGGAUCGAGAAUUUCUCCAGGUUGAACACCAAAAAGCACUACUCCGAAAUUUUCUUUGUCGGGGGAUACAAGUGGCGGGUGCUGAUUUUUCCCAAGGGAAAUAAUGUAGACCACUUGUCUAUGUACCUGGAUGUUGCUGAUUCAGCCACCCUGCCAUAUGGGUGGAGCAGAUAUGCACAGUUCAACCUUGCUAUUAUUAAUCAAAUCCACAGCAAGUACUCAAUAAGAAAAGACACACAUCACCAAUUUAAUGCACGGGAAAGUGAUUGGGGUUUCACUUCAUUUAUGCCUUUAAGUGAACUCUAUGACCCAAGUAGAGGAUAUCUUGUGAAUGAUACAUGUAUAAUCGAAGCGGAGGUUGCUGUUCGCCGGGUGGUUGAUUACUGGAGUUAUGACUCAAAAAAAGAGACAGGUUAUGUUGGUCUUAAGAAUCAAGGAGCUACUUGCUAUAUGAAUUCUCUUCUUCAGACUCUGUACCAUAUUCCUUACUUCAGAAAGGCUGUGUACCACAUGCCUACAACGGAGAAUGAUAUGCCAUCUGGAAGCAUUCCUUUGGCUCUGCAGAGCCUAUUUUAUAAGCUUCAGUAUAGUGACUGUAGUGUUGCUACAAAAGAGCUAACCAAGUCUUUUGGAUGGGACACAUAUGAUUCUUUUAUGCAGCAUGAUGUGCAAGAACUUAAUAGGGUUCUUUCUGAAAAGUUAGAAGAUAAGAUGAAGGGAACUGUUGUAGAAGGCACAAUACAACAGUUAUUUGAAGGGCACCACAUGAAUUAUAUUGAGUGUAUUAAUGUUGACUAUAAAUCCACAAGAAAAGAGUCAUUCUAUGACCUUCAGCUUGAUGUUAAGGGCUGUCGUGAUGUUUAUGCUUCAUUUGAUAAGUAUGUUGAAGUCGAGCGCCUUGAAGGUGAUAACAAGUAUCAUGCAGAACAAUAUGGUCUACAGGAUGCGAAGAAGGGGGUUUUGUUUAUUGAUUUUCCCCCUGUUUUGCAACUCCAGCUAAAGCGCUUUGAAUAUGACUUCAUGAGGGAUACAAUGGUAAAGAUAAAUGACCGCUAUGAGUUCCCCCUACAACUAGACCUUGACAGAGACAAUGGCAAAUAUCUUUCUCCAGAAGCUGACAGGAGAGUUCGCAACCUUUAUACUCUUCAUAGUGUGCUCGUCCAUAGUGGUGGGGUUCAUGGUGGACAUUACUAUGCUUUUAUCCGACCAACUCUUUCUGAUCAGUGGUUUAAAUUUGAUGAUGAGCGAGUAACAAAAGAAGACAUGAAAAGGGCAUUAGAGGAACAAUAUGGUGGUGAAGAAGAGGUUUAUAUAAUGCAAUGGGAACAAUAUCAAGCAUUCACUUUAUUUCCUCUUUGUUUCACAUCUUCUGACCCUUCUCUUUUGUCUAUUUUACUGCCUACUUGUGUCCUACAGUUACCUCAGACAAAUCCUGGCUUCAAUAAUACUCCAUUUAAAUUUACAAAGUAUUCAAAUGCGUAUAUGCUUGUAUAUAUUCGUGAGAGUGACAAGGAGAAAAUAAUAUGCAAUGUGGAUGAGAAAGACAUAGCUGAACACCUUAGAAUAAGAUUGAAGAAAGAACAAGAAGAGAAGGAGCAGAAGAAAAAGGAGAAAGCUGAGGCUCACCUUUAUACUAUCAUAAAGGUGGCUCGAGAUGAGGAUUUGGCAGAACAAAUUGGAACUGAGAUAUAUUUUGAUCUUGUGGAUCAUGACAAAGUCCGCAGUUUUCGUAUCCAGAAACAGUUGCCUUUCAACCAUUUCAAGGAGGAGGUCGCCAAAGAAUUUGGUAUCCCAGUUCAAUUUCAGCGUUUCUGGCUAUGGGCUAAGCGGCAGAACCAUACGUACCGUCCCAACCGGCCUUUGAUGCCUCAAGAGGAAAUACAGUCUGUCGGACAGCUAAGGGAGAUAUCGAACAAGGCACAUAAUGCAGAACUGAGGCUCUUCUUGGAAGUAGAGCUUGGACUGGAUCUUCGCCCUCUUCCUCCGCCAGAUAAGACCAAGGAGGAUAUACUGCUCUUUUUCAAACUUUAUGACCCUGAAAAAGAAGAGCUGCGAUAUGUGGGAAGGCUCUUUGUGAAGGCUUUCGGUAAGCCGUCUGAGAUUCUGUCAAAAUUGAAUGAAAUGGCUGGUUUCCCCCAAAAUGAACAAAUUGAACUUUAUGAGGAGAUCAAGUUUGAACCAAGUGUGAUGUGUGAACACAUUGAUAAGAGGAUCCCAUUUCGAUCUAGCCAGCUUGAAGAUGGGGACAUCAUUUGCUACGAAAAAUCUUCUAUGCUAGAUAGUGAAGACCAGUAUCGUUAUCCAGAUGUUCCUACUUUUCUGGAAUAUGUUCAUAAUCGACAGGUUGUUCAUUUUCGCUCAUUGGAGAAGCCAAAGGAGGAUGAUUUUUGUUUGGAACUGUCAAAGCUUUUCACCUAUGAUGAUGUUGUGGAGAGAGUUGCUCGUCAACUUGGUGUUGAUGAUUCGUCAAAAAUUCGGCUUACUUCUCACAACUGCUAUUCUCAGCAGCCUAAACCCCAGCCUAUUAAGUACCGUGGUGCAGAGCAUCUUUUAGACAUGCUUGUUCAUUACAACCAGACUACUGACAUAUUGUAUUAUGAAGUGCUGGACAUUCCUUUGCCGGAAUUGCAAGGUCUAAAAACUUUAAAAGUUGCAUUCCAUCAUGCUACAAAGGAUGAGGUCGCAGUUCAUUGUAUCCGGCUCCCCAAAAAUAGCACUGUAGGUGAUGUGAUCAAUGAGCUGAAAACAAAGGUUGAACUUUCUCAUCCUAAUGCUGAACUCAGAUUGCUUGAGGUGUUCUAUCACAAGAUCUACAAGAUAUUCCCUCCUAAUGAGAAGAUAGAGAAUAUAAAUGAUCAAUACUGGACGUUGCGUGCAGAAGAGAUUCCUGAAGAAGAGAAGAACCUUGGUCCCCAUGAUCGCUUGAUUCAUGUUUAUCACUUUACUAGAGAUCCUACUCAGAACCAGAUGCAAGUUCAAAACUUUGGAGAUCCUUUUUUCUUGAUUAUACGCGAAGGAGAGACUCUAGCUGAUGUCAAAGUCCGCAUACAGAAGAAACUGCAGGUUCCAGAUGAUGAAUUUUCAAAGUGGAAGUUUGCAUUUUUAUCACUUGGGCGCCCUGAAUACCUACAAGAUUCAGAUAUUGUGUCCAAUCGGUUUCAGAGAAGGGAUGUUUAUGGAGCGUGGGAACAGUAUCUUGGGUUGGAGCACCCAGACACAACUCCGAGAAGGACUUAUACAGCUAAUCAGAACCGUCACACUUUUGAGAAGCCUGUAAAAAUCUACAACUAGAGAAUAACUUCACCUCCAACCGAGGCACCCUGGUAUCAGAUGCCUUCGGUGGAAAAUGAGGAUGAAAAAUUAGAGGUAACCUGAGAAUCAACUGUGACAUGUGGUUGCAAGGAUUCACAGCCUAAUAUGUUGCUCUGUAGUUCAUUACGCCACCAGCUAUGGGAAUUCUCACAGAAUGCAUAAUCCUGUCUCUCUCUCUCCUUUUUUUUUUUUAACAGUAUGAUCUUUCUGGUUCCUUUCUAUUCUUGUGAAGGCUCCCAGAUAGAGGUCACCUCCGUUCCAGUGUAAUUAACAACAUUUUGGAUUAGGGGAUGUAUACAGGGUAUAGUUUUUUGAUUUCAUCUUUCUUUUUCAUGUUUGUUCCUGCCUUGUUAUAUUCUCUUUUUAUAUUAGUUUUAGUUUAUAAUGUAGGGAAAAUGGGAAAUGUAUAAUGGGGUGACUGGUGUCCGCUGGUUCAGAACCAUGUAAAUGGAACUUCGCUCUGCAGUUUGGCCUUAGUGCGUUAUUAUCAUCUCUGCUGGUGGCUUCCCAUCAUCUUUCUAAAUUAAUUUAUUCCAUUUCCAUUGAAAUAUAAGAGUGAAGGUUGUUGAGGCAAAAUUGUUGUGAAAUCAACUUCUCAAGGUUUGAAGAAACCAAACGGUUCGUACUGUUUCAAACUCGGAUCUGUACUGUGCCUUGCCGUUUGUUCCCAUAUCAACAAAUUGUGAGUUGAUGCAAGGGCGAUGUGAUGCAUACAAAUCUGGUAUACCCUGCUGCUCUUUCAAACUGGGUAUACAAAUUGUGAGGUGAUGCGAGGGGCGAUGUGAUGCAUACAGAUCUGGUAUGCCCUGCUGCGCUUUCAAACUGCGUAUAGCUUGUCUUCAGGGUGGAUGUGGCCAUGUGGAUUAGUGAGGAAACUAUCCUCAGCAUGCAUAUAGUAUCCUGUCUUUUGAUAUGUAAGUUUUGGUUUGUGCAUUAAAUAAAUAAAUAAACAAACUGCCCAGGCCUUAAAAUCCAUAAGCUACAGGUCGUGUAUGGAGAGAUUAUGUUGAUGCAACAAGAACUUCCUGCAUUUUGUUC